CCCCGGCCCCUGCGGGCGUCUCCGCCGUGCCAUCACCAGUCGACGCACGGCUCCAGCAGCACCGCGCCGGCGCGUCCAGCUGACCUCGACCGCGAGCGCGCCGUCACGGUCAAGGUGGGUGAUUCCGCCAUGGCCAGAAACCUCCGCCGGCUCACCAGCGAAGAUCUGGUCAAACGCGCCGAGAAGCACCGCCGGAACGCCGCCUACAAGGCCGUCCGUCCCACGCUGGCGUCCAUCCAGUUCGUCGCGGCGAAGAUACUGCGGUCAGGUGACCUGCGGCUCUUCCUCCGCAGUGCCAAGGAAGCGGAGAUCGCGCGCACCUAUCGGGACGACUGGGUCCGCGGCUUCGGCGAGGCGGCGCGGGUCGCCCUACCCACGUGGGGGGUGGUCGCCUCUGACAUGCCCUGCAAGGCCCUCGGGCCGCUGACCGACGAGGACGACCGGAAACGGAUCGCCCAGGAACUCGUGGCCAACAACCGCCACGCAUGGGGUGAAUCCUGCGAGGUAGUGCAUGUCGGCUGGCUCGUCCGCCCUCCACCGGGCAAGAAAACGUCCUCGAUUGUCAUUGAGUUUACCACGUCGCACCAUGCGAACAAAGCCAUCGACGCGGGCACGGUCUGGGACUUUCGGGUCUCUGAGAAUACUCUGUAUGACCGGGCGUCUCGCAUCGUACGAUGCAAUAACUGCCAACGAUACGGCCACAUAGGAAACAUCUGUCCUCACGAUACUAUCUGUGGUGCAUGUGCGGGCAAGCACGAGACCAGGGCUUGUCCGGACCGCAACACCCCCAGGCUUGUACCGAAGUGCGCCAACUGCAAUGGCGAUCAUACGGCCUGGUAUAAAAAGUGCGAGGUAUACCUACAGGAGCGGGAGAAGGCCCAGGGACGAGCGAUGCAUCGGCCUCGUUACCACCGGACCCCCGCCUACCUGCAAGACCCGGAUGGUAGCGCCACCGGGUCCGCCGCACCAGGGAGCUCCAGCGCGGAGUCCCGCACCGAGACAGGGAGUGAGAUCUCCGGGGGACUGCCCGUGGGUGCCAGAGCCGCCCCACGGGCCGAGAAUGUGGGAUCUGGGGGACCGUCCGCAGCUGCCAGAGACGCGCCGGACGACUCGGUCAUGGAGGGACUGAGGUUCACCGGGAACACCCCUCCGCAGACCGAAGCUGACCCGCCAGUUGGCACCCUGACCACGGAAUCGACGCUGACCAGCGUCCCAACUCUGCCGCCCACCCUACCAGGGACUACCCGACGAAGUCAGGUCUCUUCCGGCACCGAAGGCACGCGACGAAGCCUCAGGCUUGUCAAUCGGAUCGACCGAGCAAUGGCCACGAACGAACCGCCGACGCAGGCCCGAUCCUUGAGUCCGAGAAAACGGCAACGGCAGCGGGACUCAAUCGGCCCUGACACCGAAGUCCGGGGCCGUACCAGAUCAGCCACUACAAACACCGCUUCAACCCUAAACCAUGAAUAA